AUGGAUGUUCUUUACGAGGCCAUAAGUCUAGAAGUCUCCGUCGAAACCAAAGACGGGGCAUUAGUCAAAGGAAUCCUUCUAGAAGUCUCCCAACGCGCCGACCUCAAACUUCUCCUUCACAAUGCCACUACCACUCUCAUCCCCGCCACAAACAUCAAUACCAUUCGUCUUCCCAAGAUUCUCACACCCAUCAUCACCCAUCCAUAA